AUGGAACACGUUUCUUCAGAAAUUCAAGAUGUUUCUCCUAAAGAUGAAUCAACAGGUUCAGAAGCCUCCAUAAGAUCUCCAUUUCGUGAGCACACAUUCCCUGGGGACUUAGAUCUAAGGUCAAUGAUUGAAGAAAAUGCUUUUCAGGUUUUGUCUGAAGGAUCUUUGGUAAAAAGACCACGUUAUACAUUUUCCGCCUCUAAACCAGAUAAAGAUAAUGAUUUUCUUUCUCUGACCUUUCCAAGAAAACUUUGGAAAAUAGUUGAAAGUGACCAAUUUAAGUCUAUUUGGUGGGAUGACAAUGGAACUUCUAUAGUGAUUAAUGAAGAACUCUUUAAGAAAGAAGUCUUGGAAAGAAAGGCCCCUUUCAGAAUAUUUGAAACGGACAGUAUGAAGAGUUUAAUUCGACAGCUUAACCUUUAUGGAUUUAGUAAAAUGAGACAGAAUUUUCAAAGAUCUGCUUCUCUAGCUGACUUUCUGGCAGAAGAAAAAGAAGGCUCUAUUUUAAACAAGUUACAGUUCUAUCAUAAUCCAAAUUUUAAACGUGGCUGUCCCCAACUUCUAUUAAGAAUGAAAAGAAGAGUCAGGAUUAAAAAUUCUUCUCCAUUAUCUGCUUCAUUAGUUCAAGAUUUCAACAAGAAGCACUUUACAGCAGGUAGUAACAUAAAUUAUAAUUCUGGUUUAGUUGCUGAAACUAGUGGAGAAAGUUUACUUUCUGCCUCUACAAAUUUAAAUGUGCCUCUAAUAAGGAAGCCUUCUACCAGCCAGAGAAUCGAUAAUGCAACUGAACCAGUCAAAAGUGAUUUUUCUCCUCCAUCAUCAACUCCAGCUAGACCAUCAGAACAAAUUGCAACAGUUCAACAUACUAUUUUAAAUCAGUUGACCACUUUCCACAUGCAUUCACAUAGCAGCUACACUCAAGCAAACGGCCACGUUGUGAAUUUUGUCACAACUACAACUUCUCAAUACCACGUCAUAUCUCCCUUACAGAACAAUUAUUUUGGACUGAUGAUGGAGCCUCCUACUUUCCCAACCAGAUAUUCUGGGUUAUCAGUCAAUGAGGCUCCUUUCUCUAACCUACCAGCAGGAAACCCAUGGUUUCCAAUGCCUGUGAUAGCUGAUAGAUCUGCUGCCUCUCUUUCAAGGCCAACUUACCAAUCGUCUUCCUUAUACAAACAUCAUCCUAAUUACAACUGA